AUGUUUGAAGACAUUUAUGAUGCGGAUGGAGCGCGCCGAUGCUCACUGCCCACCCUGAAUUCCUUCACCUUUCACUCGCAGGCGGAGGGACAAGAAGAGCCAACCAUGCGGCGUCUGCCACCACUGCCUCGUAUUGAGCCACUACCACCUGGCCCAUUCAACCCCUUCACGGCAAAUGCGUAUGCUCCGAGUCCUCCGAGCUCUCAAGACUCCUUCCCAGCCAAGUCUACAUGCUCCACUAGUGACCAGAUCGUGUCACCUCCGUCUCCGGCAAGCUCGGUGGAUCUGAGCUUGAAGGAGACCUUCUCGACACAAAAGGCCUUUGGAUGGCCCAAUGAUAUGUCGUAUACCGAGAUCAUGUCCUUGGUGGCGCCGCGUAACAUCAACCGGAAACCUCCCCUGCAGCAGCUCUGUGGCCGCAAGCGCAAGAACGAGAUGACCUCGAGCGACCAAGACGACCAACGCGAGAAGCAUCGCAUUGCCGAGGGCAACCGGCGCAAGAACCUCAGUCAGCUACACCGAGAGUUGGACGGCCGCGUCCACGACUUUUUUCUCGAACGGGCUGGCUGGAAUCCGAGCAAGAGUCUUCCCCAAUCUAAAGAGCACAUCGUUCAGGGGACCAUCUUUUUGAUUGAUUUUAUGCUGUCGAUCAUUGUCCACCUCCUGCGUCAGGAGAAGCACAUCCCGCCACAGCUGUCGGAGAACCUGCAGGGUCAGCUCCGUUGCAUGCAGCUUCAGCAGCUGGUUUCCAGCCUACAGUCGCAGAACCAGGCGACGCAACAGCAGAUGCGCUUCCUCAAACAAGAGUAUGACGACCUGCUCGACAGUCAUCGGGCGCUCGAGUUCAAGCUCAAGUCCUACGACCAAAUGUUCCGCUCUCCCAAGAUGGAGGUCAUCACUCCAUCACCACUGGCUGCCCUCCCCGAGCCUCCCCAGAAAAAGAGGCUUCCGGGCCUGCGAGUAUUUUGUGACGAGGUUGCAGCACUCAGCCCGGAGGUGGAGAAUACUGCGACUACGCCGAUUGUGUCCACAUCACACAACAAUAGCCUGGGCACUUUACUGCGUAGUACUCCGCCAUCCACUAAUCCAUCAUCGCCGCUCUGUCUCACCUCGUCGUUUUCGCAGCAGCUGUCUCCAUCCUUUCAGCGAAGAACCUCGUACCAAUGCAUGUGA